CAACAACAACAAUUAAGAUCAUAAAUUUGUAAUUUUUUUAAUUCAUUUUCUCGACUAUUUCUGUAAUUGACGCUGUAAUUGACGCUGGAAUUUUUAUUAUAAAGCAAAGAAUAUCAUCUGAUAGUGUUUCAGAAUUUAAAGAGAAUGUCAGAUGGUCCAGAAUACACUGUGUAUGAGACAGAGGGCCAGCAGCCAGUGACAGUGACCGUAAACCAGAAUGGUGAAGAUAUACAACAAAUACAGUAUAUUACACAAGAUGGUACUGUAGUAUCUGCUGGUCAGAUUGUUGCAGGCGGUGGCAAUGUUAUACAGGUGGCUGAUGGAGUUCAGGGUAUAGGAGCCCAGUCAGCAGGUCAGCAGCUUAUAUUGAACCAGGCAACUUCUCAGGCACAGUCUCAAACUAUUGGCACACAGCUUCUACAAGGUCAGACACCCCCAGCCGGGAGUACGGGGACAGCGAAUGCUUUAGGGAUACCUCAGAUGCUGUUCCUUAAUCAAAUCACUGUAAACGGUCAAACCUCAUUCGUACUGGUGGAUGCCCAGAACAAACCUGUACAACUACCACAAGGAAUACAAGUAAUAAAUCUACCGAAUCAACAACCAGGUCAGCAAAUAGCAAUGCCCGGUGAAACAGGAGAAGAGCCAUUAUAUGUUAAUGCUAAACAAUAUCACAGAAUUUUGAAAAGAAGGCAAGCUAGGGCCAAACUGGAGGCCUUGGGUAGGAUACCUAAAGAAAGACAGAAAUAUUUAUACGAAUCUCGUCAUCGUCAUGCGUUAAAACGCCAGAGAGGAUCAGGUGGUAUAUUUGUGAAUAACGAGGAUAAAAAAGCUGACGAUCACUAUCAUUCACACGGAGAUCUUAAACCAACCGCGGCACAGCUUCUAUCUAGCAGCUCUAACGAUAUAAGGUUACCCAUAGUAACGCAAGCCUCUGAUCUCGUUCUAGGACUUGAUACGUAGAAAGAAAAUUGAUUGCUGAAGCUGUGUGUAUACAUAUAUGUACAUUAAACCAUUGCAACUUGUGCUUCACAUUGUGACAUAAAUCUCGCAUUAAGAGGUGGAUGAUUUAUGUUUACAGUACAACAACUGUAUUUCAGUUAUAGUUGCUUGAGGCCUCAGAUCAAAUGCUCUUUGAUUCAUUAUUACCAUGUUCAAAUUCUGUUUCAAAUUAUCAAAAGAAUACUAUCUUUAUGACUAGCAGAGAUCUUACUUUUUCAAAGAAAAAUGGGAAUGAUUUUUAUUUUUUAAUGAAUUAGGUGCAAAGAGGUAAUUACUAAUUAGCUACUUGUGUCUUGGUCAUAAUUUUUUUACCAAUGUCAAAGGUCAUGGCUGCUAUUUGACCUUGAACUUUGUCAAAUAUUCUCAUUAUUGGUAUUUACAUGUUGUAAAUGUACCAUGCCCAAAACCAUUGAGAAUGUUGAAUUAAUUUUACAUAU